UGGCCAUGUGUUUACAUAAUACAUAAUGGAUUUCUCUGUGGUCUACAUAUUAGUAAUUUAUUGUGCUGUAGCUGUUGUUCAAAAUUUUAAUAAUAUAAUAUUGUAGUCUUUUUGGAGUGUGCCCUAUCGACGCGAAAUCAAGGUUUGUACUUAACUAUGGCUCCCAAGAAGAAUCCGUUCGGCGCUUUCUUGAUGUAUCAUAAAGCCGAAGCAGAAAAAAAACAAGGAAGAAAAUCAAUAACCAUGUCCGAGCUGGCCACCGAACUCGCGCCGAUAUGGAGUUCCAUGACAAAUGAGGAUAAACAGUAUUUUAAAAAUUUGGCCGAUAAAAUGAAUCGCACAGAAAGAACAGCUCGGAGCAAAAAUAUUCCCGAAAACAUCAAGAAGAUGCACGAAAACAGCACAGAAUAUUGGAUGAUGCAGAAAUACAUAGAAAAAAUGUUCCAAUUCAUUACCGAUGAAAAAGAACUACUCGACAAAAAAUUUAUUUUGUUGCACGUAAACUCGCACACUCAUUCAUCUGAACACUAUUAUUUUCCUGCCGAAAUCGCCGCGAUCGAAUUUACUUUGAAGAACGGUGUCAGUCGCACAUAUUAUCAAAUGGUUGGUGUAUCCAAAAUCUACCCACGUGGUUACGGAGGCGGCAUGAGAGAAUAUUCGGACACUUUCCAUCGGAUUUCUUGUUGGGAAGAUCAUCCGGACGAUCAUAAAAAAAUAUUGUUGGAAUUCCUGAGUUUCUUGAAAGACGGCACAGUGGAAGUACGCGAAUUAGAAGAAGGUACAUUAGAUUUGCCAUACAUGUACAUUAUGGAAAGCGAAGUCGGCAGCAAUAUGAUGAACGCGAAAAGCAGUCUGGAAAAAUUGUACGAAACCGUAUUUCCAAAUAACGCUCCGAAAAGCUGUAAAUCACUGUUCAAAAUGGGAUCUCUGGAGAGGUUGUUUCAUGAAAUCAUAAAGAAAUUCAACAUUCAUUUAAACCGAAUGUUCAUAGACAGCGGCUUUCAAUUAUCCACCCACCUCGAAUCCGAUAUGUACGGACACGGUCUUGGAUGUUCGUAUCACGAAGAACGAGACAUAGCGUACAAGUGUUCCAAGGCACGAGUGCUGCGAUGGAUGUCGAACAUUUGUACGUUUCUCAAGAAGUACGGUAAGGUGGAAAUAGUGCCCGGCCGGAACGUGGCGAUCAUGUUGAGAGACGGAUCGAGAUUGAUUAUCGAAGACGAAGACAUACCUCUGACGAGAAAACAAAUCGGCAUGAAGUCGAUAGCCGAGAGUUACAAUUACAACAGUGCCGAUUACGAUUAAAUACCUCAAGCCGUCUUGUCGUGUAACACGAGAACCGAGACGACGUACACAUACAAUUUGACUACAAUCAAAUUCCUAGUGUUUCUCUGUCCUCUAUUUUAUUAUUAUUAUUAAAAAAUUUUUUUGUACUUUUAAAUUGUACUUUCAACUUUUGAUUCCGUUAACAAUAGUUAACGUAAUAUUUUUUUUUUUUUACUUUUGAUUUGAUUUGUUUUUAUUUACUUGUAUCGAGUCGUUGCGAAGGUUUUAUGCGUUUUGUCUCGACAAAUACAAUUUUGUUGCCAUUAUAAUGGAAGACGAUAAAGACAAUACCGUAACUAUAAUUUAUUUACAGUUAAAAUAUUAACUUGGAUAAAUUCGAUUUCGUUUAAGUAUAAUUCGACAAAAUUUUAUAAAAUACCGUUUUUUAAUAACCGUUUUUUUUUUUUUUAAUAAGACUAUAAUAGUAGGUAAUUGUUAUUUCUAGUUAAGAUAUCAACUUGGACGAUUCCGUUGUUAUUUGAAUACAUUCCAUAAAAUAUGUAAUAAAUUCGAUUUUUUUUUCUUUGUAACCCAAUAUUUUACCUUGCUUCAUUUUUAUAUAUUU